AUGGAGGGUCCUUGGAAGAAGCCAUGGGUGAUUUUGAUGGAAGGAAUAGUAUUGAUUCAAUUAUUCGGUAGGAAUAAUGGGUGCUUUACGGAAGAGAAGAGGUCUUUGCUUGAUUUCAAGGCUUCUUAUUCCAAUUAUGCUUUGUUGCCUUCUUGGGUGAAUGAUAGUCCAAAGAGCAACUGUUGUGAAUGGGAGCGUGUAACUUGUGAUCCCUUCUCUGGCCACGUCACCCAUCUCUCUCUGGAAUCUGUAAAUAGAAACUCCGGUCGAACCGGUUGGGGUGGAUGCCUUGAUAAUACAAAUUCAAGCAGCUUAAAUGGGUCUUUAUUCUUAUCUUUCAAGUAUCUGAGAUAUCUUAGUCUGUCUGCUAAUUGUUUUGAUGGCUUCAUUUGGGAGAGAGCUUUGAGUUUUUGCUAUGGAGACAGCAAUGACAUGAAUAAUGUUCAGCUAAAUGAUGAUGUUCUUGGCCUGAUUAACCGGGUUCAAUGCAAUCCAGCAACAGGAAGAGUCACUGAGAUCAAUCUUGUUGGGUUAGGAUUAUCUGGAAGAAUUGGAAAAGGCCUUGAGAAGUUGCAGCAUCUAAUGGUAUUGUCUCUUUCUCAUAACGAUUUCAAUGGUAGCAUUACUCCUUCACUUACACUUUCCAGCACCAUUCAGAAUCUUAAUCAAAGUCACAAUGGCUUCUCCGGUCAAAUGCCAACUUCAUUUUUCAACAUGAGUUCAAUUAGGUCUCUUGAUCUUUCUCACAACUCAUUCUCAGGACAUAUCCCUCAAAGUUUCUUUGACAGUUACAAUUUCCUUCACUACUUUUCUUUGUCCAAUAACCUGUUUGAAGGACAAAGUCCUAGCAGAAUCUCUAGAUGUUCUUCAUUGAAUAGCACUAAUCUUUCGAAUAACCAUUUUGCCGGUUAUAUUGAUUUUGCUGUUGUUUGGUCAUUGAGCAGGCUUAGGCAAUUGGAUUUUUUCAGCAAUGCCUUAUCAGGUUCUUUGCCUAAUGAAAUUUCUAAAUUGCAGCUGCAUCUGACUCAUUUUGAUCCUCGGGUUAACUAG